AUGUCCGAGUUUUGGCUUAUUUCGGCUCCUGGUGAUAAGGAAAACUUACAAGCUCUGGAGAGGAUGAACCAUGUAACCUCAAAGUCCAACCUGUCCCGCAACACCAAGUUUGCCAUCCCCGACUUCAAGGUGGGGACCUUGGAUUCCCUUGUUGGUCUCUCUGAUGAGUUGGGGAAACUUGAUACCUUUGCUGAAAGCCUCAUAAAGAGAAUGGCGCAGAGCGCGGUGGAGGUCAUGGAAGACUCCAAGGGCAAAGUCCACGAGAACCUCCUGGCUAACGGAGUUGACUUGCCAUCCUUUGUGACGCACUUCGAGUGGGACAUGGCCAAAUACCCUGCCAAGCAGCCACUGAUGAACGUGGUGGACACACUGGCCAAGCAACUGGCACAAAUUGAGACAGACCUGAAGUCCCGCACAGCCGCGUACAGCGUUCUGAAGACCAACCUGGAAAACUUGGAGAAGAAAUCCACGGGAAACCUCUUCACUCGGACAUUGAGCGACAUUGUCAGCAAAGAAGACUUCGUACUUGAUUCGGAAUAUCUCACAACCCUUCUGGUCAUCGUUCCCAAGUCAAGCUAUGCACAGUGGCAGAAGACGUAUGAGUCCCUGUCAGACAUGGUGGUCCCUCGGUCAACCAAACUGAUCGUCGAGGACAAUGAGGCUGGCCUCUUCACAGUGACUCUCUUCCGCAAAGUGACUGAAGACUUCAAAGUUAAAGCCAAAGAAAACAAGUUCAUUGUCCGGGAAUUUUACUAUGAUGAAAAAGAAAUUAAAAGAGAAAGGGAAGAGAUGACCAGGUUGCUGUCUGAUAAGAAACAACAGUAUCAAACUUCCUGUGUUGCUCUUAAAAAGGGAUCAGCCACCUACCGGGACCACAAGGUUAAGGUAACCCCGCUAGGGAACCCCGCUAGGCCCGCUGCGGGGCAGACCGACAGAGACAGAGAGAGUGAGGGCGAGGGCGAGGGACCUCUGUUGCGUUGGCUCAAGGUGAACUUCAGCGAGGCCUUUAUUGCCUGGAUCCACAUAAAGGCCCUGAGAGUGUUUGUGGAGUCUGUGCUCAGGUAUGGACUCCCAGUGAACUUCCAGGCUGUGCUCCUGCAGCCCCAGAAAAAGUCAGCCACCAAGCGCCUGAGAGAGGUGCUCAAUUCUGUCUUCCGGCAUCUAGAUGAGGUUGCUGCAGCAAGCUUACUGGAUGCCUCUGUGGAAAUCCCUGGACUGCAGCUCAGCAACCAGGACUAUUUCCCCUACGUGUACUUCCACAUUGACCUCAGCCUUCUGGACUAGGUGGCCAGCCUGGUUCACUGCAGCCUCAGACCUUGCUCUAAGCCAGAUAACCAAGUCCUGCAGGAUCCUGACCCACGAGAUACUCACAGACAUUAGUUAGAGUGUAUUUAUUUUUUUAAGUUACAAUAAAAUGCUCAG